AUGAGGGACAAUAUCCUUGUGCAUAAUUUAGCUGAGGAAGAGCAGGAAGAUCUAAGUACAAAAGUGAGUGAGCUGAUCAAAGAGCAUUUAAAUUUGGAUGUUAGCUUUAUCAGGAUUCACAGAAAUGGUCAGAGAUCAACAGGAAACUCUAGGCCUAGGUCACACAUAAUUAUACAUAAUUAUAGUGACAAAGAUCUUAUUCUCCAAGCAAUGCGCCAAAAGAGGGAAGAUGGCACCACUGACAACAUGCCGUUUUAUAUCACACCGCAGACUCAUCUGCAAAUUAAUGAAAAUAAAAAUAAACUGCAAGAGAUAAAUGCUAAGUAUAGAGAGGAAAAUGUGAAAACAAAAAUGUGGGGAACAAGCUCGUAUUCCCGUAUGGAUCUGUGUACCGGGAUAAGGUUCUACCACCAAGAGCCGAGGACCUCCUGA